GUUCAUGAAAUCAGCUCCCAUGUUUCUUGAUCGAAACUUCAAACAGCUAUCAAAAAUCAGCUAUUACUUGCCUCCAUUUGGCAUCAGAACACAAGAGAGAAUUAUAGACAACAUUUUAACCACCACAAAAUAUUAUGGGCUUGGAGAAAAGCUAGACAGUCUCAGCUGUAAAAGAUGCAUCAUUGUGGGCAACGGGGGGAUCUUGUUUAAUAAGUCUCUGGGCACCCGCAUAGAUGAGUAUGAUGUUGUAGUAAGGUUGAACGAGGCUCCGGUACGAGGGUACAGCAGAGACGUUGGGACCAAAACCACCCUGAGGAUCACAUAUCCAGAGGGGGCCAUCCAGAACCCUGAAAACUAUGAGAAAGAUUCCCUGUUUGUCUUUCUUGGCUUCAAACCUCUUGACUUCAGGUGGUUCAGACAGAUAGUCUUCAAGGAAAAUGUGAGGGGCUUGGAUGGUUUCUGGAAGUCUGUAGCCCACCAUGUGCCUCGGGAUCCGACAGAGCUGAGAAUCCUCAAUCCUUAUUUUAUCCAAGAGGCUGCAUUCCAGUUUAUAGGCCUGCCAUUCAACAAUGGAUUAAUGGGCAAAGGGAACAUUCCAACUUUAGGAACAGUUGCUAUAACCAUGGCACUGCACAACUGUGACGAGGUGGCAGUGGCUGGUUUUGGCUACGACAUGUCAGCACCUCACGCACCUCUGCACUACUACGAAAGUAUCAAGAUGUCUGCCAUUAAAGAGUCUUGGACGCACGACAUAUCCAAGGAGAAGGAGUUUCUUCGUAAGCUGGUGAAGGCCAACGUGAUCACAGAUCUCACCAAAGUAGAAACCUACAGGAAGCUGAGUGAAGAUGGCCUGAUGAAGCAGCUCUGUCUUAAAGCUGCAGAGCCAGAAGAAAUCAGUUUUCAGCUCUCCAUCAACUGGACUUCCUGUGUUUCUGUUGAACUMUUCUACCAAAWGUUGCUGUCUGUGUUGUGGACUGUUUCUCUGCUCAGGACUGAGGUGCAUCUUGUUUUACUGAAAGUCACAAGGAAUCCAGACGAGAGCAGUUCCACACCAUAAACACCCAGGAACAUUAAUCUGUAGCCCUGAAACAAACUUGGACUGYGUCAUGCAGCUGGGAGGUGAGAGGACAUGAUGCCAAGGACCCUUAAAGUGCCUCUGCUGUUAAUGGAGUGCCAGAAAAGUUCCGGCCCAACAAGUCACGCCUCACAGCUCCCCGAAACCACAGAGCUUCAGCUGCAGCCACUCCACAGACUUCCUGAGCUCGGCAGGGUGGGAUCGAAUGCUCGCUCCCCRCUGCAGCAGAAUAUUUGCCACCUGGGAUCUCCCUGAGGCAGCUGGCUGGGCCGGCUGGMCUGGAGGCGGUCGGCCUGUUGGUCUGAUAGAUGUUGGGGAGUGGGGGGGUCUGAGCACGCCUGCACCUCUUCAGCUGAGGGGACUUUUAUUCUCAGCGACAGGUUCCCCCACCCCGCCUCAUCUCACGUAGGCUGGAACAGAGAGGCCACGACCUCCAGGUCUGAAAUUUAAACUUCUCUAAAAAAAAAUCUUGGAAGCAAAAACAGUCAUUCAGACACUUUUUUAAAGACUCUGUUGACUUAAUGUUGAGUCAGCUGAGAUGAAGAAAAACAAGCAGGAUUUACUGUUCUGUCACUUCUCCUGCAGGCUGACCACGCUCCUGUCGCUGAGCUUCCUGUGACGCUGGACGGCCUCUAGACUUUAAUGAUGUUUACACAGCUCGCUCAACUUUUAGUUUGAAGAUCAAAUUGUAAUGAGAUUACCAUAAAUGUACAAUGAAAAUUGCUUAAAUAAAGAAAUUGUACCUUUUUAAAACAACAAAAUGAAGUGGUACCAAAUAUAAAAUUAAACAACUGAGUUUUCCAUCUAAUUAGGGUUAAUUAUUAAAGGGGCAAUAUCAUGUAAAAUCAACUUUUUUGAGUUUUAUAUCAUGUUAUAAUGUUAUACUCUGA